UAGCCUCCGCUUCACGCAGCCAUGUGUUGGUGUCGGUAUUGAACUUCCUCGUCCUGCAGAAGAAGGAUAGAGGCGUGACGUCGCUGCCCGCAGAGAGGCCCGUACGCCAGGAGGAGACAGGCAGGGACGCGCCGUGCGGGGACGGACGCUGCUGCUGCCGCAGAGCAGACUGCUGCGAGACGCAGGAGCAACAAGGGCACAAAACAACCGGCAACCACGGCAACUUUGCAGAGACAACAGACAGCCAUAAUGCGGCACCGCCCGCCGACCCCGGAGCUGAUGUGACUGUGCACACACUCAGAGCAGGGAGGAAGCGGCGGACAGCACCACCACCUCUCCCCCGGUUGCCUCGCCUCGUCUCGGUGUGCGGGGCAAGUCGGUCGGUCGGUCGGUCUGUCUGUCUUUCUGGUGGGUGGGGGACAUGUCCUCGCUAACCGUAGAGGAGGACCAGAAAUGGGUACCGACACACGUCCAGGUGACGGUGCUGAGAGGCAGGGGCUUACGGGGCAAGGGCAAGCACGGCACCAGCGAUGUGUACACCAUCAUCCAGCUGGGGAAGGAGAAAUACUCGACCUGCGUGGUGGAGAAGACCACCGAGCCGGAGUGGAGGGAGGAGUGCUCGUUCGAGCUGCAGCCCGGCGUGCUGGAGAGCCGCGGGCGGAGCGACUACCCAGCCGGGAGCAACGAGCUGGUCCUCACCGUGAUGCACCGGGCGCUCAUCGGGAUGGACGUGUUCCUCGGACAGGCUGUGAUUCAGCUGGAUAAGCUCUUUGGCGAGAGUAGAUGCGUGAAAAACGAGUGGUACAGACUCAACUCCAAAACAGGGAAGAAGGAGAAGGAACGAGGAGACAUUCAAGUCACUGUCCAGUUCACCCGAAACAACCUGACGGCCAGCAUGUACGACCUGGUCAUGAAGGACAAGAGCUCCUCCACCUUCAGCAAGCUGAAAGAGCGCAUGAGGGGGAAGAGGAGAUCCAGCGACGAGGACUCCUCGUCGGCCGUCUUGCCGGGCGGAUAUGGGUCCUUGUAUCGGAUGCGGCAUCGGCUGCCGAGCGACGGAGGCGGGGAGGAAGAUUAUGAGGAUGACGAGGGGGGCGAGGCCCGGCGGAGCAAGAUGAGGACCUUUUUCCUGAGAGGGAAGCUGAGGAAGUCAUCAGACACUCGCUCCAGCACCUCGCUUGGCUCAGAGAGCAGUGAAUCGUCAUCGCGGGGUGGGAGCCUCAGUCCCACGGCCGGCAUCAGUGUGGUGGUUUCUGACCUCUCCAACUCGCCCAGUAACAGCAGCAACCUGACCGCAGACAACAGCCCAGAGCACACAACAAAUACGUCGCCCAAGUCGUCCUCUCUCAAAUGUGAGUUUGGUGAUGAGGCCGGUGAGAUCUCCAUACCAGUGCCUCAGCCCACUGUGUGCGUUAACGGAAGCCAUGCUUAUAACGUCCAGCCCCUGGACUCAGGCUCAGGAAAACCUGCAGGUUCUUUAGGCCUGGGACUGUUGCAGAAGUCUUUGCCUCUGUCCAUGUCUCUACAGAACCUCAGCCCGCGGGCCUCCACAGACCUCCCCAAAGGUCCUGUGGGAGACGGGCGCCGCUGGUCUUUUGACAAACCCGGCGAGGAGGAAAAGGCUGCCAUAGCAGCGGCUCUGGAGCAGAGUGGCCCCAUGCAGGUUGAAGAAGAGGAGUGUUUAGGACAGGCUGUUCUGCCCAAAGCUGCCUCCACGGCAGAGCUAGAAAGCCAGGGGAAGAAGCAGAGGAGGAACUUUUUCUCCCAUGGGAGGAGUGAGUCUGCUGGGAAGGGGCAGAGUCAGUCCAAGAAUGGGUCUGAACAGGCCCCUGCGGCCACUGAGGAGAAACACAAGGGAUGGUUUGGAUCAAAGGACUCGCACAGCAAACCCAGCCCCCACCCAGUGAAGCCCCUGACCACUGCCAUGCUGGCUGAGGAGAAGCGGACUGAGGGCCGGUCAGUGCUGGCCACCGGCCUAGAGAAGCUCAAGUCCACCAUCCACCCGGGGAGGAGCAGCCAGCUCAGCGAGCAGGAGACUGACAGGAAGAAGUCUCUGACGGAAGGAGCAGGCUCCUACUACCACCUGACUCACAGCGAACUGGUCGCCCUGCUGGUGCAGCGGGAGGCGGAGCUGGAGAGGCAGAAGGAGGAGUUUGAGCGUCAAAGAGUUUUACUGGCCAAGCGGGAGGUGGAGCUGAGGAAGCUGAAGCCGCAGGUCAGAGAUCUGGAGGACUACAUUGACACGCUGCUGGUGCGCAUCAUGGAGCAGAAGCCCACUCUCCUGCAAGUGCGCUCCAAGUUCAAGUGACGAAUGGGGGUCGGGGAGGGGUUUGCAGUUCAGUCCUCAUCCGUUCACCCUAACCUCCACAACAGCUCCUUAGUCUUUUCACUGCUAUGCUGUCCUUUUUGAUACAAAUAUUUAGGCACUGAGAGAUGUCGAGGCGAUGUUUUCCAGUCGGCAUGCUUUACUGAAACACAGUUCUCGUCAGGAAGGUUUAGUUCUGAAUGUAGCGGGUCCUCAGGUUGUUUUCAGGUUCACACAGCUGGUUGGUUUUAAGCUCACGGAGGAGUGAGCCCAGUGGGUUUAAAACCCAGAUGUUUCCAUUUUAAGGGUCCUGAUUGUAGAAACACUGAUUCCUCCUUUUCACCUCACAUAUCACUUCUAUCACCUUAUCACAAAAGAGAGAAAUUGUAGGGUUUCAAUCCAUAACGAUGUUAAUCCAAUGAACCCCUCACUCAGUAUUUCAGAAAUAUACGCCUCUUCUAAAGUCCCGCAGUUCUGUGGGGAAAGGAGAGCUAACAGCUUGAAGGGCCACUCUGCUGGUUAUGCAUGUUUUAGCCCAUUAACUACAGAUUGUUACAUCAAUGCCGGCCUUUACCACAGCACGCCAUCAGUUUUUAGAUUGAUUUCCUUCCUGCGAGGCAGCCAUUGGUUUCAGUGUAUUUCAGUGUAGCAUGAAAAUCAAGUUGCAGAGACUUGAAGACUGUUUGUCAGCUUUGUUGUUUUUGUCUUAGCAAUGCAGUUUAGAGCAGAGGCUGUUUGAUCCCUCAGUUAUUUUUCGAUGAAUGGAUCAAUCAUUUGCUUUACAGAACAACAGAAAUUAGUGAUAAACGUCACAAUGUCUCAGAAUGCAAGGUGACAUCUUAAGAUUCCCUGUUUUGUCCCGGAGAUACUCCUCCAAAUACUUUUUAAUGCACUAAGUUUCAAGUUUAUGCACUUGCUUAACUGAGAUGAACUCAAACCAGUGGCUGCACCAGGAAGGAAGGAAAUGUAAUUUAGUCUGUCAAACAGCUAAAAUCGACUCAUCAGGUCUAAAUUGUCUGCCUGUGAAGUACACACAGUAAAACAUGCAGAACCAUCCGUAUGUUUCUUAACACUGUAUUUCUGUGAUGAUUUACACCUCUGUGAUUGGCCUCACUUCUUCCAGAUGUUGUAUUAUGUUGUUUUGGAUUGACUCUCUACAAAUGUUCCCUGAUAAAUAUCGAGUGCUCUGACUAGUUUUUGAAACUACAAACCAAAACGAAGCGGUGUGAGAGUUCAGCCUCGUCACGUGCACAUUAACUGGGAACUGAUUGUAGCUUACGAAUGUUCAAAAGUGUUCUUAGCCAGCAAGUGAAUGGUUUUAUUUUCUAUGCACGAAAAGUGCUGUUUAUCUUUUGCUUGUUCCUUCCUCCUGCGUUUUUUCUACCCUCUUCUUUUUCUUCUUUUCCUCUGUUCUAUGGGCAUGUCUUGAAAUUUACCCAUAAUGCUCAGCCACAUAAGCUAACCAAUUGUUGUAUGGGGUCACAGUGUUAUCAGGCGAAGACAGUAUCACUCAGUAUCCAAACAGUAUCAAGAUCAGCCGUCACAGCUUCUCUGAUCUCAUGCUUCUGCCUUCCCAUGUGUGCGUUAUCGACACAACUCCACUGCGAUGAGAAGAUGCCUGCGACAUGCUGGUACUUGACUCCCACUCCCUUCGGUGUACGUGUGUCACAUCCGCUUCUGCUCGAGCACGCAUAGCGCUUCUGCUUUCAGGUGUUAUAAAAGGGAUAUAUACCGCAUUUUACAGCAUAUAUGCCGUAUUGAAAUGCCAAAUGCUGCCUUAUUUUUGUUUUGUUUUGACGUUCAUUAGAAAUCUAGCACUUCAUUUUACUUGUCGGGGCUCGGGGCAGGUUUUGAAAAAGAAAAGCCAUCUGUUCACUGAAAGCUUUUUGGGUCUUUUUUUAACGUCUUCUGAUGCUUUGUUAUGAUAUUGUUUAGAUCACUGCACAAAAAUAAAUUGUAUGCAUACAAGUAGAAAAUGAGCAGCAACAGUGAUUUCCUGUGAAAUGCCAAAAAAAGAGAAAAAAAAGCCUUGAAACUUAAUCUAUGGAGCAGAUUGAUACACCAUAAAGUAUUCUGAUAUGAUGCCACUUUUACAGCAUUUGUGGAUGUUCUUGCACUACUUAAUCAUCAGAACAUAACUUACUGUACCUGUCCGUCUGAUAUCGUAUAGUUAGAUCUACUUUACACCGUACUGCACUUUCUAAUCGCUCUGUGAUUUAAGCACUUGGCCUACUGACACCACAACGAUGACUAGCCAGUGAGCUUGAAGCAUACAAAAGAAAAAAUAAACAUCCAAAACCGUCUUGUCAUCUCAGUUUUCUGCUGUGCGAUCGCAAUCUCAAGUACAUAGAUGACUGUAGAGACAUAUUACAUGUGACUCGGCACUUACAAAGCGCAAGAAUAAAUGUCCUCUUCCAUGUCUUCCAUUUUAAAAAGUUUUUUAUUUAAGUUUAAACUGAUUGUAUUUUGUCCUUGAUUGUGUAGCCGGUGGAAUGUGCUUAAGGUAGUAAGAUUGGAAAGUUUACAAUUCGUGAUGCAAUUCUGUUUCACAAAUUUUGUAUAUUUAAUAAAGAAUAUUUUGUGUUUCUUGCUCACUGUA